AUAUACAUACAUAUAUCGUAACGUUUGUCUGGCAUCUCAUCGCUCAUUCCAUUACUGCUGACUCUUAUUGCAGCCGCACUUGUGCCUUCUGAGCGUCCGCAUCGAUCUGGUUGAUAUCCUUGCCGGUGGUCUGCAGGAGGCCCAGCCGUUCCUCAUGCCGGCAUUCCAGAACAGCAAGCGUCGAUGACUUCCACAGCGGGACAUUUCGGCUUUUCCGAUUGUUGAUGAUGCUUAAGAUGGCAAACAAGAUGGCGAACCCUUCGGUUACAAUGGGAACGACAAAAUAACCCCAUCGAAUCGACACGAAUGGCACGCGCUCGAUGAGCUCGGGUCUUGCGCCAUCCGAGACUUCCAGUAGUGAAACAUCUGCGACACCUUCAGCGACGGCGCUGGCAGAGGCAAACCGAACCUGCGACUUUGACAAGAUCGACGACUUCUUCAAGCAUGCCAACGAGAAUGGUCUCAACAUCACCGUCGAGGUCCAGCACUGCCAGAACUUGUGCCUGCUCACAUACGGCACAGGAAAUCCUGAUCUUUCUGGGAUCGGCAUGAUGGUCGCAUACACACUUCAAACGACCUUCACCAUCCUCCUCGGCCCCGUCUACCGCGUCCUUUACCUCACGUUCGGCCCAGUGAGCAGCUUCGUUCGUGACUUAAAAGACAUCCAGAUGAACUUUUUCUCGUCGAACGGCUUCUUCAUCGGCUCGAGCGCCCUCGCAACGCUUGCCAACCUGUCGCAAAAUCCACCGACAUUUGAAAUCGCCGAAAUGCAAGCCAUGGCCUUCCUGCAGGUGAAUAGCAUCCUCGUCACAUUCUUCUGCAUGGUCGUUGCACAGCCAAUGUCCCGCUGGGCUGCGCGCGUCUUCCUUUACUUCGUUGUCUUUGUUCUCGUAAUCGUUGCCCUCGGUCUAGCGCACCUAAACGGCGACAGCAAGCGCGACUGGCGCCUCGCCUCCGACGGCUGCGCCCACAGCUCAACCGACUACGACGUGAUCAACCCAAUCCCAUACCCUUCCUGGACAGUCGCUAUCUUCGCCGUUGUCGGCACAGUCGCAUUUUGGCUCCAAAGCCUGAGAGAAAAGUUCCAGGCUGACAAACUGCAUAAAUCCGCAUUCCGCAUCCUCAUGAUUUUCUGGGUCCUCCUCAUUGGCCUCCUCGUUGCGGGGAUGAUUGUCGGUCUCGAGAUGAUGUGGCGUCAGCGACGACACUUGAAAAGUCUGGCGCGCGACCAGUUCGAAGAUGACCAGUGGGGAUUCGGGCAGAUUGCGGCGCUGACGAUUUGGGCGCCGAUUGUUGUUGAGUUCAUUUAUAUUCUGAAUGACGCGGCACAAGCAAAAUCGAAACGAUGGGGCCGUGGGAACCAGAGGCUCAGCGUUAUGCUUUCGCCAAAGGUAUUGCAGGAGGAACAGCUUGUGGCUAGUCAGGCGUCGGGGUCACAGACUGAGAUGAAGGAGCAGGAUGGGAGUCGGAGCAUUGUUGAGGUUUCUGGUACUCCCUAACGAGACAUGUCAGGCUGGGUUCGUUAGUGACAUUGUUUUGCUCGCGACGCCGAAAACGUGGCGUUAAAUCCCCAAAGAAGUCGGCGUAGGACGGUUUUACAUUAAACGGCUCCUCUCAUGAAGGCGCGGGGUCCCUGUAAUGACCACCCAGGAAUCCUCUUUAUCAUUUUUUCUGGCUCGAAGCGAUGCUAUAUGAAUCUAUGACACUGAAAAGAUGGUUAGCUUCCCAACCGGUGGAGUCGCCAAGUAAAGAUGAACGCAACGUGUGGCGGAGCGAAGGCACAUGGUCGACCAACCUGAAAAAGGUGCUCACUGAUGGAAAACAGGCGGCGCGAGCCGCCAGAUACAUGCUGGAAACCAAGCUCCUUGGGCAAUUUAGGAGCGCCGAUACGGAAAACUUAGCGGAGCACUGAGUCCCCGAUCGCACGCGGAUGCAACACCAGUCUGUGCGGCAGCAAUGCGCACGGGCAGGCACACUUCUAACCAGUUUUUACCUUCUUCUCUCCCACAUUGAGAUAUAUACAUUUUAAAUUCAUGUACAUAAGGUCGAAGCUGGCGAACGUCGAUUAGGAUACAAGCCGCAUAGCUGCCUUCGGGGCGGCUGGGCCGGUUCGGAUGACGUAAUCAAUCAAUCAAUCAAUCA